GUCUGUCUCUCUGUUCUCCUCUCUCUCUUGCAGACAGCAGCUCAGAGAACCUGCAGAUGGACUCUGAGGACCACCACCCCCCCUCCUCCUCAUCUUCCUCAUCCUCCUCCUCUGGCAGUGUGACUCGCUGCUCGGGGGGCCUCACCCCCGUCUACAUCGUUAAGAACCUGGUCAUCAAACAGCCCCUGACAUUGCAGACCCACACUGGCCCCAUUCUCCACAGCCAGCUGGCAUGGGGCGGUCAGCCAGCUCUGACCACAGUGAGCGGUCAGGGGGCUGCCCAGGUCCUGUUCAUCCAGCAGUCCGGAGCCUCUGCCCAGCUGAAACCCCCACACAAGAAAAAGGACACCUACCUCCCCAUCCUGAACUCCUAUCCACGCAUUGCCCCGCACCCCAUGAAGAGCCCUGACCAGGAGGCAGGGAAACCGGGAAAGCAUGGAAGCCUGGGGGGAGCGCACACUGGGAAGAGCCAGAGCAAGAGAAUCUGUGUGGCAGACAGGAGGAAAUGGGUGCCCUCAUCCAAACUGCAGGAGAAGCCGGAGAGGAACCUCCGUCAACCUCCCCCGCAGCCCCUCAUCCCUUCAGAGAGCCCCGACCUGUGCAGCCUCCUCUCCUCCAGCCCCACGGAGCUCCCUGUGUCCGGGCCAGCCUCAGUCUCCAGCUCCGAGACUUUGUCUUCAUCUGCCUCUUCUCUGCUGACCAACCCCGGGGAGUUCAAGGCUUCCAGGAAGCAAGUCUCAGACCUGGAGAAGCAGCACCGCUUCCUCAACACAGUGGAGAUCCUGAGUCGCUCCGGCCUGCUGGACAUCACCCUGAGGACCAAGGAGCUGAUCCGGCAGAACCACAGCACCCAGCGCCAGAUCCAGGAGCUGCGGGAACAUGCCAGGCUGUUCUGCCUGGCCGCCCGCUCCAACCAGCCUCAGGACUGGGCCCAGCUGCAGGAAGCCAUGGUCAACUCGGGCUACAGCGAUCUCACGGGGGAGCUAGCCAGCACCGCCGCUGCUGCUGCUACUGCCUCCAGCCCACAGCCUUGGGGACCAGCCUGGGAGGCAGGGGACCCCCAAGCUGCCUGCCACUGCCCUGCACAGCAGCAAGCAGGAUCCUGA